AAAUCUAAUAAGCAUCUGAGGAACAAAAAAAUGAUGAUCAUCACAAGAACAUCUGUCUUUGCUUUCCUACAAUUGCUAAUGAUUGAAUCAGCAGUAGGCCAGGCUCUGGUGAAGCCUGGUUGUAAAGAGCAUUGUGGGAAUGUCAGCAUUCCAUACCCCUUUGGAAUCAGAGCAUAUUGCUACAUGCACAAAGAGUUCGAGGUCUCCUGCAGCGAAACUUCCAACCUCCCUACAAAUUUACUAACCAGCAUAGACACUGAGGUGCCGUAUUUCUCUCUUGAUCACAGUAUAGUUAAUGUCAAAAUACCAAUCAUCUCCCAGCAGUGUUCUGUAAGUUUGAAUUUUUUGGAUUUCUCGGUAAGUCCUCUCAUGUCCUACAAAAGGAGAAUGUUGUUGCUCCCUGAGGGAUAUGUUCCACCUCUGUUAGACUGGGUGAUUACUGAUGAGGAUGCAUCACAAUUACCAUAUAGAUAUGAUCAUGCAUUUAAUUGUUCCCAGUUUAAUGGCCUCUUGAGUGCAAGAAAACAUUAUCUGCGCAUCAAUCUUGAGUGCAAGAAAACAUUAUCUGCUCCCUUAGACAAAGUCAAGCCUUUCAUCUCAGCCACCAUACCCGAAUAUCUAGUUGGUAUUAGCCUAGGGUUAGGAGAAGUGUGUUUACCUAUUGUUAAGAAGUCCAAAAUACUGCAUAAAGAGAAAGUUAAAGAGUUCAUCAAUGAGGUGGUUAUUCUUAGACAAAUUAAUCACAGAGAUAUUGUUAAGUUAUUAGACUAUUGUUUGGAAACUAAAGUUCUUGUGCUUGUUUAUGAAUUCAUCUCCAAUGGGAUACUUUUCCAGUACAUACAUGAUUACAAUGAGGACUUCCCAUUAACCUGGGAAAGAAGGUUAACAAUUGCAGCAGAAGUUGCAGGUGCACUUUCCUACUUGCACUCAGCAGCCUUCAUUUCCAAUUAUUAUAGAGAUGUCAAGUCCUCAAAUAUUCUACUAGAUGAAAAGUACAUGGUAAUAGUUUCAGACUUUGGGACAUCAAGAUCAAUUGCCAUUGAUAAAACUCAUUUGACCACAAAUGUAAAGGGCACAUUUGGGUACUUGGACCAUGAAUAUUUCCAGUCAAGUCAAAUUAUAGAAAACAGUGAUGUUUACAGUUUUGGAUUUGUCCUUGUUGAACUUUUAACUAGAGAAAAACCAAUUUCUUUAGUAGGGAUGGAGAAAGUGGAAGCAAGAAGUUUGGCCUGACAUUUCAUUUUUUGCAUGGAAGAGAAUAAACUCUUUAAUAUUCUUUUUUUUUUUUUUGGAUAAAAUGUAAAUCUUAUUAUCCAAUAUAACUGUUUGUACAAUAAAACAGCUAAUAUGCUGCUACAAAGCAAAAGAAACUGUCAAAAGGAAUGAUUAAAACUGUACAAACAAUACAAAGGUUAAUGUUUCACAAUUGUCUCAAGACCCCAUUUGCAUGCAAUCCCCAUGGGUAGGAGAGAAGAGUUUGGUCGAGAAAAAUCCAAAAUCUUACUCCUUACCUCAAAUUGAAUGUCUUGAACAAUCAUGCUCUCUACUUUAAAAAGCUGUUGGUGAAACCUUCUGUUUCUUUCCAACCAUGUGUGGUAGAUUGCUGCAUUCCAAGCUAAUUUGAUUAGCAAAUUGUGUAAAGACUUCCUUCUAAGUUUUUUACCCAUCCAUUGUAAUAAAACUUGCCAAGAGUC